ACACAUGUCCUGCCCCCGUCUCCCUCUCGCGCUCGCUCGCACGCACGCACGCACGAACGACCUACACGCGCUCCACGACACACACAAACACGCGCGCGCGCAAACAUGGCGGCCUCUGUUUCCCCGCUACGCUCCUCCUUCAGGAUCUGUAGCCCGUUGACGUUGCCCCAUCACUGCUGCCGGGCCGAACUGCGGACGCGCAGGAAAUGCGAGAGUCAAAGGAGACACCUUCACCAGUCGGCGACGAGGCACGAUGCUGUGGUGAUUUCGGGGACAGAGUUGGCUCGGCAGCUGCACAGAGAAAUCCAGCGUGAUGUUGAAGAGCUGGUUGCUCAGGGCAACAUGAGACCCCACCUGGGAGUGGUCCUAGUGGGGGACGACCCGGCCAGUCGCACCUAUGUCAAGAACAAGACCCGGGCCGCCAGCAUCCUGGGUAUUUCCAGUGACACGGUGGUGCGGCCGAGGUCGGUGUCCCAGGAGGAGCUGCUGGAGCUGAUUGACAAGAUGAACCGCGACUGGAGGGUCAGCGGCCUGUUGGUGCAGCUGCCACUUCCUGAGCACAUCAAUGAGCGAGCGGUGUGUAACGCCAUCGCUCCAGAGAAGGAUGUGGAUGGCUUCCACAUCGUGAACAUCGGUAAGCUGUGUCUGGACCAGAGAUCCAUGGUGCCUGCCACACCAGCAGCAGUCUGGGAGAUCAUCAAAAGAGCAGGCAUUGAGACGGUGGGGAAGAAUGUGCUGGUCGCCGGUCGCUCCAAAAAUGUCGGAAUGCCCAUUGCAAUGCUGCUGCACACCGAUCGCAAUCAUGAACGCCCCGGGGGUGAUGCCACGGUGACCAUCGCCCACAGAUGCACGCCGAGGGAACAGCUGAAGGAGCUGACGAGCCUGGCUGACAUCAUCAUUGCAGCUGCAGGGGUUCCCGGGCUGAUCACAGCAGACAUGGUGAAAGAGGGCGCGGCAGUGAUUGACGUGGGCAUAAACCGCAUCCAGGUCCCGGGCACGGGGAAACUCCGGCUCAUCGGCGACGUGGACUUUGAGGGAGUGAAGGAGAAAGCAGGUUUCAUCACACCCGUUCCUGGUGGCGUGGGUCCGAUGACCGUCGCCAUGCUGAUGAAGAACACUGUGACCGCGGCCAGAAACGCACUGAUGCAUUAAACACACACACAUUCCUUCUAGUGACUGAUACACAGUUCAAAAAGCGUAUGCAUACGUACACACAUACACGCAUUCAUCAGCUUAUUUAGUUUUACACACAUUUGAGCAAAGAUACUUUAUUUGAAAAUCCACAAACUCAAAACAUUACAUACCUGCUGGGAAAAUUACUUGAUAUGUAUUUUCUUUAUAUUUUGAAUGUUAUUAUUUAUUUAUUUAAGUUAUUAU